CCUGGAAAUGUCAAAAUCAAAUAUAAAAAUUUGUGCAAAAUCGCUCUUUUAAAAAUACAGACUUAAUUUACCUAAACUUCACAAUUUCACCUCGUACUUAAAUUUACAAAUGUGCACAUAUUUUAUUAUUAUUAAUAAGUUAUUCUAUUUCUAUUGAACAUUUUGAUUCAAGUAUUUAUGAUUCUUAUUGGGAACUUUACGUGCUUCUACUUUUACUAAAUAAAAUGUAUAAAGUUUUAUUCUACAUAUAUUAUUCUGAACUAAGUUUGACUAAAUCUUUUGAAGAUACGUCAAAAUAUCAUUCUGUGUUCCUAUAGUGUAUUGUGUCCUUAUAAAUACAACGUUUGUCCCUGGGCGUAACCAGCCCUGAAACGGAUCGAAGGCUGUGCUAAAAUGUUUAUUUAUAUUUUUUCCUGAAACGCAGUGGUCAUAACUUGUGUAAAAAUGGCCGAAGACGAAGUGUUAUUCGACGAUGUGUACGAAUUGUGCGAAAUCAUCGGAAAGGGUCCAUUCAGUUUGGUUCGUCGCUGUGUGCACCGGCAAACAGCACAACAGUUUGCAGUGAAAAUUGUGGAUGUGGCUCGUUUCACUGCUAGUCCGGGACUUAGCACUGCAGAUUUGAAAAGAGAAGCAACAAUAUGUCAUAUGUUGAAGCACCCUCAUAUAGUGGAACUACUGGAAACCUACAGCUCCGAAGGCAUGCUAUAUAUGGUGUUUGAAUAUAUGGAUGGCUCUGACCUUUGCUUCGAAGUGGUUCGACGAGCUUCUGCCGGGUUCGUCUACAGCGAAGCGGUGGCAUGUCAUUACAUGCGUCAGAUUCUCGAAGCGCUCCGCUAUUGUCACGAGAACGACAUCGUGCACCGUGACGUCAGACCUCACUGCGUUCUGCUGGCCGGGAGGGACAACUGCGCGCCGGUGAAGCUCGGGGGAUUCGGCGUGGCCGCCCAGUUGCCGACGCCCACGUCACAUCGAGCUCCACCAGAACUGGUGAUGGACAAUCGACCGCUAAUGGGUCCGAUGGGCCAAGCCUAUCUCAAAUCCGAUGAGUACGGUCGUAUCGGCACUCCUCACUAUAUGGCCCCGGAAGUUGUAUCCAGCCAGUUGUACGGGAAGCCCGUCGAUGUGUGGGCGGCGGGUAUAUUGUUGCACGUACUGCUUGUUGGAUAUCUUCCCUUCGCCGGAACAAGGGAACGCCUGUUCGAGGCUAUUUGCAGAGGGAGAUUAAGGUUCGACGCUCCUCUCUGGGAUGAUAUAAGCGAUGCUGCCAAAGAUCUAGUGCAACGCAUGCUCACCGUCGAUCACACUCAGAGAAUCAACAUUCAAGACGUGCUCAAUCAUCGAUGGAUAAAAGAUCGCGAAAAACAGAACCGCAUCCACCUGGCCGGUACCGUCGAGGAGCUGAAGAAGUUUAAUAGUCGUCGUCGAUUGAGGGCUGCCACUCUCGGCGCCGCCGCGGCCGACGACGAGGAGGAGGAGGAACAGCAGCCGACUCGCAAACAGGCGAUGCUCGAGGAGGCCAACGCUGCAGCCGUGAAUAUCGUCGUGGAGUCAUUGGACGAUGUGGCUGUCCUCCAGGACGGUCCAUUGUUUAUAGACCCGGACCUCUUCCACAGCGUGCUUGAUGAUUUGCAACUGAGAGCCCUACUAGAGGUGUACGACCGCAUAGCGUGCACUGUGGUGGUGACGAGCGGGCGAGCCCCCGCGGCGGAGGGUCGCGCCCGUGCCCGCCACGCGCUGGAGGCCACCACGCGCCUGCGCCACGCCGCCGCCCCCGCCGCGCCCCCCGCCGCGCCCGCCGCCGCCGCGCCCGCCACCGCCGCCGCCGUGCACGACCUGCGCCGCCUGCUCGCUCUGCCGCACGUUAAGGCCCUUCUACAGGCGCAUGAUGUGGUCGCCAGAGAAGUGUACGGUGAGGAGUCAUUGCGUGCCUCUCCGCCGCCGGUCAACGGUCGCACGACGGCACCGCCGCCCGAAGAGGAAGACGACGCCGAACCCGAAUUCGAGAACGUGACCAGGGUGCGCCUCGUGCAGUUCCAGAAAAACACCGACGAGCCAAUGGGAAUUACUCUAAAACUAGCGGACGACGGACGUUGCAUCGUUGCUCGUAUUAUGCACGGCGGUAUGAUACAUCGCCAGGCGACGCUGCAUGUCGGUGACGAGAUUAAAGAGAUUAACGGAACGCCUGUCGCAAACCAAUCUGUCGCUCAACUACAAAGAAUGCUGCGCGAGGCUCGCGGCUCCGUCACUUUCAAGAUCGUACCUUCCUACCGCUCGGCGCCACCACCUUGCGAGCUUUUCCGGAUAAAGCCUUCGCCCGUGCUAAUAUUCGUUCGAGCGCAGUUUGAUUACGAUCCGUUGGAAGACGAACUAAUCCCAUGCGCUCAAGCAGGCAUCGCCUUCAACACCGGCGACAUAUUGCAGAUCAUCAGCAAGGAUGACUCUCACUGGUGGCAAGCUCGUAAAGACGCUUCUGGCGGCUCAGCUGGUCUCAUACCCAGUCCUGAGCUGCAGGAAUGGAGGGCCGCGUGUGCUGCCGCAGAAAAAUCUAGCACCGACCAAGCUGUUGAAGGCUGCGUGUCUCAUACCGACGGAUGUGAGAAUACAGUCAACUGUUCUAUAUUCGGCCGCAAGAAGAAGCAGUCCAAGGACAAGUAUCUCGCUAAGCACAACGCGGUGUUCGAUCAGCUGGACGUAGUCACAUACGAGGAAGUCGUCAAGCUGCCUUCAUUCCAAAGAAAAACGCUGGUUCUGCUUGGCGCCCACGGAGUCGGCAGACGUCACAUCAAGAACACUUUAAUCGCCCGACAUCCUGAUCUGUACGCCUAUCCUAUACCGCACACCACGAGACCGCCGCGUCCGGACGAGGAGAGCAACAGACAGUAUUACUUCAUCAGCCACGAUGAGAUGAUGGCUGAUAUCGCGGCCAACGAAUAUUUGGAAUACGGCACGCACGAGGACGCGAUGUACGGCACGAAGAUCGAGACGAUCCGGCGGAUCCACGCCGAGCGCCGCGUCGCCAUACUGGAUGUCGAGCCGCAGGCCCUCAAGAUCCUGCGCACCGCCGAGUUCGCGCCCUUCGUCGUGCUCGUCGCCUCGCCGGAGCCGCACACCGUCAGCGAGCAAGUCCGCGCCAUGUACGACGGCACCACGCUGGAGCUUCUGGGCCGCGAGACGGAACAGCUGCGGCGGAACUACGGCCACUACGUUGACUUCACGGUCGUGAACCACGACAUAGACGACACCAUCGCGCAACUAGAGGCGGCGAUCGCGCGCGUGCGCUCCAACCCGCAGUGGGUGCCCGUCUCGUGGGUCUACUGACCGGCCCGCGACCGCGCCUAGAGCAAACGCGAAUAUAUCGUCUGAACGCGUCGGGUACCUCGUCCGUACGUACCCACGCAGCAAUGUACACCGUACACCCACGAUAUAUUCGAACCGCGGCCUCUGACUUAAACGCGAAGUGAUUUCGUUUCUUUAUCCUCCUCGACCUCGACUCACAUUAAUUUUGUAAUUUGAAAUGUA